CUCUCUCUCUCUCUCUCUCUCUCUCUUUCUCUCUGUCGCUCUUGCUCACAGAUUUGCACAGUUUCGCUGCCUCGCCUCUCGGAGCUGUCUGCCCCAACCCAAACCCAACCCAGUGAAGCUUCCAUCUCCGUCUUCACCACCGAAAACCCCUUCGAAUACAAGCAAUCCUCUUGCUAGGGUUGUAAUCCGAUUCCGAUGGCUUCUCACAAUCAGCUCGACGAUGACGACGAUUUUGGGGGGGACUUCUCGGGGGCCAACAGUGCUCGGCGCUCAGGUUUCCUUCUGUAAUUUGAGGAGAAAUAAGAGAAGCUUUGGGGAUAUGGAGGACGAUGAGGAUGACUUCUUCGGCUCAAAGAAGGCUAACUUAAAAGUUGAAGAAACUGCCCCCGGUGCAGCAACGGGGAUGAUUUUGGCACUUCGUGAGAGUCUCCAAAACUGUAAGGACACCCUCACAACUUGCCAAACUGAACUUGAAGCUGCAAAGUCUGAGAUUCAGAAAUGGCAUUCUUCCUUUCAGAACGAGUCCUUUAUACCUUCCGGUGCAUCUCCUGAACCCAAAUUGGUAAUCAACUAUCUGCAGACACUGAAAUCUUCAGAGGAAUCACUCAGAGAACAGUUGGAAAAGGCAAAGAAAAAAGAAGCAGCCUUUAUUGUCACAUUUGCCAAACGGGAGCAGGAGAUAGCUGAGCUGAAGUCUGCAGUGAGAGACUUGAAAGCCCAACUCAAGCCACCAUCAAUGCAGGCGAGGAGGUUAUUACUGGAUCCAGCAAUUCAUGAAGAGUUCACACGGUUAAAGAACUUGGUCGAGGAGAAGGACAAAAAAGUGAAAGAGUUGCAGGAUAACAUUGCCGCUGUUAAUUUCACUCCGCAAAGCAAGAUGGGUAAGAUGCUCAUGGCAAAGUGUCGGACGCUGCAAGAGGAAAAUGAGGAGAUUGGAAACCAAGCUGCCGAGGGCAAGAUACAUGAAUUGGCUAUGAAACUUGCUUUACAGAAAUCUCAGAAUGCUGAACUCCGAAGUCAAUUUGAAGGAUUAUACAAACACAUGGAAGGGCUGACAAGUGAUGUUGAAAAAUCAAAUGAAAUGGUGUUGAUAUUGCAAGAAAAGCUAGAAGAGAAAGAUCAGGAGCUGAGUAGAUUGAAGAGUGAGUUACAGCAGAAAAGACUGCUGGAGGAGAAAAAUGAUGUAGUUUGUGCUAAGAGAGAGAUUGAUGAGGCAACGGUAUCCCCGAAAAUAGAAACUGAGAGGAGUUGAGAGCAAAGAUGGCCGGAUUUAAUAUUCUUUUUUUUUUUUCUCUUCUCUGCAGCUUGUUUUGUUGUCUGUACAUUAAAUUCUUGUUCGGCUGAUCAUUCGAAUUUUGCUCUUUCUAUCAAUCUCGAGCUCUUUGAAGCCUGAAGUGGUAUGAUCA